UUAAAAGAUAAUAUUAAUCAACAAAAUCAAUAUUUUUAUCAAACAGAUUUACCAUUUACUAUUAAAGAAGAAGAAGGAAAUAAUAUUCGAAUUUAUCAAAAAGAAAAAAAUAUUUUAAAGUCUGGUGGACUUGCCAAAUAUAAAUAUGGAGAUAUUAAAAGAAAUAUUAAAAGAAUUUUAAAUAAAAUUUUAAAAAAUACUCAAGUUGAAAAUGAUAAAGAAUUAAUUUUGUCGAAAAUUUUGUCUUUACAAGGAGAUAUUCGUUCAUUUAAAAUAGAUUUAAAAGCUAAUUUAAAAGAUUUUAUAGAUCUUCAAGAUCAAGAAAACGUUCCAAAAGAUAAAUCUUGGUGGGAUUGGAAUGCUUUUGCCGUUGCAAUGAUAGGACUUGUUCAAGUCAUUGCCGAAGCUGUUUUAGUAGCCUUUGGUUUGACUCAGAUAGGCAAUGCUUUAAUUAGUGAAGGUGUUUCUAAUAUGGCAGAAUUAUUAGGUACUUUUAGUUGGAAAGAAUGGGCAAUACAAAAAGCAAUUAGCUUCGGUCUCUCUAUGUUAACUGCUGGAAUUGGAAAGUUUUUGACGGAUAAAAUUAUGGAACAGAUUCAAGAAAAUGUUAUACAAAAGAUUGUUAGUAAAAUAGAAGAAAAUUUAUUAAAAGGAAUAAUCGGUUUAAUAAAUAAUAAAGUAGCAACUCUUUAUCUUCAAAGUAAAAAUGAAGAAGAGUUCGAAAAAUCUUUUGAAGAAUUGAAAAAACAUAUUAGAAAAAAACAUUAG